GAUAUCAACCAGAAUGCUGAUUUCUUACCUAACAUCACCUUGGGUUAUAACAUCUAUGAAAAUUUCUUCAAGAUAGAAAUGACUUCAGACCCUUUAUUGGACGUGCUUUCUGAUGGAGAGGCCAAUGUUCCCAACUAUAGAUGUGGAAGGCAGAGAAACACAGUGGCUGUUCUGGAAGGGGCUGAGACUGGCAUCUCCAUCCAGAUAUCAACUUUGUUGGGAACCUACAAAAUCCCUCAGCCCCUGCCUCCUUCCAGGUGUGUGGAAAGCUGUCAUCCUGGAUUCAUGAAGGUGGCUCAGGAAGGGAGGCCCAUCUGUUGCUACGCCUGUCUUCCUUGUGCAGAAGGAACCAUCUCCACCAUUGAUGAUGCUGAAAAAUGCACCAAAUGUCCAGCAUAUCAGCAUCCAAAUAUCAACCAAAAUGACUGUAUACCUAAGAUUGAAAUUUUCCUAUCCUAUCAAGAAAAUUUAGGGAUCAUCUUGGCUUUUCUUACCAUGUUCCUGUCUUUGGUAACCAGCUUAAUUUUGAGAAUCUUCAUUAAAUUCCAAGAAACUCCUAUAGUCAAAGCCAACAAUCGGGAUCUCUCCUACAUCCUCCUCAUCUCUCUCUUUGUUUCCUUCUUGACCUCUUUCCUUUUCAUUGGCCAGCCAAAGACAGCCACUUGCCUUCUGCAACAAGCAGCAUUCAGCAACAUCUUCUCAGUUGCCAUUUCAACUGUCUUAGCCAAAACUAUCAUGGUGGUGUUAGCAUUCUUGGCCACAAAACCAGGGAAUAAAGUACAGAAAUGGCUAAGGAAGAGCCUGGCCAGCUCCAUCAUCAUUUCUUGUUCUGUUGUGCAAAUAGUCCUCUGCAGCAUCUGGUUGGGCACUUCUCCCCCAUUCCCUGAGUCAGACAUGUACUCACAAUCUGCAGAGAUCAUCCUGCAAUGUAAUCAAGGCUCUGUUGUCAUGUUCUACCUUGCUCUUGGCUACAUGGGCUUCCUGGCUAUCAUCUGCUUCACUGUAGCUUUCAUGGCCAGAAAUCUGCCUGGGGCCUUCAAUGAAGCCAAGCUCAUCACCUUUAGCAUGCUGGUGUUCUGCAGUGUCUGGAUCUCCUUUGUACCCACCUACCUAAGCACCAAAGGGAAGUACAUGGUGGCUGUGCAGAUCUUCUCCAUCUUGGCUUCAAGUACUGGUUUGCUAUGCUGCAUCUUCAUUCCUAAAUGCUACAUUAUUUUUUUAAGACCAAACCUGAAUACAAAAGAACACUUGCUGUCAAAAUAA